AGAGGAAAAGCCAGGCGGAUUGUCUGGAGCAAGUGAAACUCCAACAAGAUUUACAAGAAACAUGGAAAUCUCCUCGUGAGGAAUUGUAACAUAGUGGCCGUCUUGGCACAUCGGAGGGCAUUGUGCUGCUUUCGGUCUUGGAGAAAGGAAAUGACCAAAGUUCGAAGACCUUGAAAGUUCCAUAAAGUUGUGAAACUAUUCUAAAUUUGCACUGAAGCGCAGGAGUACAAGCCACCCAAAGGUUAAUGAGCAGAGCUUUACCGUUCCAAGCCGAUUUUCCGUGAUGGAUACCGCCAAACAACGGAUGGGAGAAGUGGUUGGCCAAGUGCAGCACUAAACAACAGCACAUUCCGUAUUGAUGUGAGCCAUCGAACACCAAAAACAAAUCGCAUAACAAGGAGGGAAAGAGAGCCUACUGUGCCGCUACAAUUUAACCCAACGUUCCACUGCCCUUUUUCUUGCUCGAAGAAUAACAUUACCAUGGCAACCGAAAGCGGUCUGCGCGUGGUGCGCCAGUACUCCGACGAGGGACGCAACAUAGCGAUGCGAGCACUGAACGAAGCAAACAGUGAAGCGGGUCCGAUCCUACGCAAUGCUUGGAGCAGCUUUGUCCAGUUGAUUGAACGACUGAAGAGUACCGCCCGCGAUGUGCUCGAUCCGUCGGUGUUGGUCGAAGAACUGCGCAUCAUAUUUCGGGACGAGAUUGCACGGCAUAAUGCGUUCCUGUUACUGAUCGGUCUCGGAUUCGGUACGACCGGUGGGUUCAUGCUCGGUAUGUGGCUCGCCCGACCCCACCUACCAACCCCGAUCAUGAAGUCGAUCGCUUCCACAUCGUUCCGCGAUCCGGACAACGUAGUCGUCUGCCAAACGGCCGUCCCACAGUUCCAAUCGUCCUCCGAUAUCUUGGUGCGCGUCAGGGCUGCCUCCCUUAAUCGUAUCGAUCGACGUAUUGCUUUCGGCUACGGGCGAACCCUUCGGCGACUGAUACGAUCGUACAAUAGCACAUACGAUCCGGAACUUCCGCUCGUGCUGGGCCGAUCCUGUGCCGGUAUCGUGGAAGCCGUUGGUAAUGGGACCAAAAGUGGGCUAGAAAUCGGUGAUGAAGUGUGGCUCGCGACCCACUGGUACGAGGCGGGCGUUGCAUCGGAAUUUGUUGUCGUCCCGGAAACGCGCGUCUCCCGGAAACCAUUUCUGAUUGGAUUCGAGGGUGCCGCCAGCUUGCCGUACAGUGGCUCGAUUGCACUGAAUCUGCUCGACUGCCACCGACUGACCGAACACACGUGCAGCGGUAGACGCAUAUUGGUCCAGGAUGCAUGCUCACCGGUCGGGUGUGUCAUCACGCAGCUGACCCACAAAUGGGGGGCUCACGUUGCGGUCACUUGCCACACACGCUCGGUGCCAGUCAUCAACAAUUUGGGUGCUGCCGACAUCAUUACCUUUGCCAACGAGCACUUUCGGUCCAACUUUAUCGACGUAAACGUGGACAAGUCCAAUUUUAUCAACGAGCUUGCGGGGAGGGAGAAAUAUCACUUCAUCUUUCUCACCACACGGCUCGGGUACGAUUACAAGUUCCUGGAAAAAUUUCUCACCAAAGACGGAAUGAUUGUGGACGCGGUCGAACCGGAACUAUCGACCGACGACUACGGCGUAGUCGGUCGCUUCUUUCUCGGAAGCUAUGUGAAGUUUCGGCGCGCGAUGGCUUUCCUCUGCCGCACCAAUGUCGACUGGGGCGGACCACACCUUUGCCACCGGAUGCUGGAACGGUUGGCCGGCUUCGUGAACGACGAAACACUGAAAACGGUGGUCGAUAGGGUCUACACCCCGAGUGAAGUCGAACGGGCGCUGGAACAUAUCUGCAGUGAGAAAAGUAUAGGCAGUACCAUCAUCACCUUUCGGUAGAGAGUGUGACAAAUAAGCGGCAAUCAAACAAGACUUACGAAAACUACAAACCAAUUUUACUGAUCGACCGAAAAGGGAAGAUGCGUUUUGUGACAAUUUUACACACAUCUUGUUCAUCGGUCCCAUGAGGCCGAACGCGCUGGGCCAUUCGUUGAUGAAUAUUGUUUUGUUUUCUUUUGAUACGGUAGAUUAGUUAGUUAGCUUCGAUUUUCCAUUUAGACCGCGAUCAUUUUAGCUUCAUUUUCUACCGUCUUCCGGUGGCCCAUGAUGAGGAAGAACGACCGAUUUGCUAAUAAACAAACACUACGA